AUCAUGAAUGGCUUAAAGAAACAGAGUUUCCUCAAAAAUCCAAACAAUUAUAUGCCAUAAUUGCAGAAUACAGUUCACGGCUGCAUCACUACCAGGCCAGAUUUCGUAUGCCUAAGGAGCAACUGGAGCUUUUAAAGAAGGAAAGCCAGACUUUGGAGAAUAAUUUCCGUGAAAUCCUGUCUUUAAUUGAACAAAUUGAUGUUCUGAAGGCAUUGCUUAGAGAUAUGAAGGAUAGCUCACAGAAUUAUAGCUGGGCUAGUGCUGGAGAUGCCUUACAAGAACAGGACAGCCCUGAAGUGCUGGAUGAGGAAAUGUCAAACUUGGUACAUUACGUACUUAAGAAGCUGAGAGAAGACCAAGUUCAGAUGGCUGAUUAUGCCCUAAAGUCAGCUGGAGCCUCUAUCAUUGAAGAAGGGACCUCAGAAAGUUACAAAAACAAUAAGGCAAAACUGUAUUGGCAUGGGAUAGGGUUCCUAAAUUAUGAGAUGCCUCCUGAUACCAUUCUCCAGCCAGAUGUACACCCUGGAAAGUGCUGGGCUUUUGCAGGUUCCAAGGGUCAUAUCCUAAUCAAGCUUGCCAGGAAGAUUGUACCAACAGCAGUUACCAUGGAGCACAUAUCAGAGAAGGUGUCGCCCUCAGGAAACAUCUCCAGUGCACCCAAGGAGUUUUCAGUCUAUGGCAUCACAAAAAAAUGUGACGGAGAAGAAAUCUUCCUAGGACAAUUUGCAUAUAACAAGACAGAAAACACUGUUCAAACAUUUGAACUCCAGCAGGAAGCUCCUGAAUCUUUACUAUGUGUGAAACUCAAGAUCCUUAGCAACUGGGGACAUCCAAAGUAUACUUGUUUGUACCGGUUCAGGGUCCAUGGACUUCCCAGUGAAGAGACAUAGAGGAGUAUAGUGGGUGGUGACAAUGCAGCCAGAAUAUUCCAGGAUUCUUAUUCCCUUACAUCAGGUUGAAUCCCUCAGAAUC